GGAAGCUAGUUAGCUGCUACUAGUAAAGUAUGCUAAUAGGGCUCUAACUUUUGUUAUUGUAAUUGAAAGGUUUCAGAAGACUUAAAUCACCUCUCCAUGAGUGCGAGGAUACUUUACGUUUGAACGGAAUUCAUGUUUCAACGGGAACCCGUUUUCCGAGUAUGAAACAACCGAAUUUAUGAGUUAGCGCAUUGGUAUGUUUACAAAACAGGUGAAGCUUCCCAUCCGAAAGUUAGCUAGGCGAGCUAGCUAGCUAUAUUAAGCCAAUUAGCUAGCUAAAUACCAUAACUGAAAGUAAAAGGUGUUGGAUAAUGCCCUACUAUAUAUAUUUUACCAAUCUAGAUUUACAAAUCUGGUUACAGUAAAUUGCUGAAGUUGUAGCUAGUAGCAUAGCUAAAAAGCUAAAUUAGCUAGCUUGUGAAUGUUUUGGCGCAACCCUCAGGUUCUCACGCGCAGAACUGUGAUUACUGUUACACUGAAGAAGAUAAAGUAUGUCAAUCAAAGAAAUAGUAUCUAAAAAGACUACGAAUAGAAUGGGAAAACACGUGAUAUUGUUGUUGUUAUGACGCCAUUGUGUGCCACUGUUGACAUCAUCACAUUAUACCUAUACACUAGCUAUAACUAACGUUAUAGUCUAGCUAAACAAAUUGAGGGUUUGUCAACAUGGCAAGUGCCUUGGUAGCUAAAAUGGGACUGAACUCACUGAGAAGAAAACAAGCCAAGAACUUCAAUGUCAGGAUCACCACAAUGGAUGCAGACAUGGAAUUCAGUUGUGAGGUGUGUGCCCCCUUUCUGUAUGUGUCAAUGUGUAGCUUGUAGCCUAGUUGUUAAAACACACACAUUAAUAAUGUAGUUGUCCAGCUCUUGCUUCACUCAACAGGAUGACAUAGCUAUGACAUCACCCUGACCUUCUCACUAUCCCUCAGGUUGUGUCCCAAUGGCACUCUAUCCCUUAUGCAGUGCAUUAUUUUUGAUCAGAUGGGUCCUGGUCAAAAGUAGCACACUACAUACAGUGAGGGAAAAAAGUAUUUGAUCCCCUGCUGAUUUUGUACGUUUGCCCACUGACAAAGACAUGAUCAGUCUAUAAUUUUAAUGGUAGGUUUAUUUGAACAGUGAGAGACAGAAUAACAACAACAAAAAAUCCAGAAAAACGCAUGUCAAAACUGUUAUAAAUUGAUUUGCAUUUUAAUGAGGGAAAUAAGUAUUUGAUCCCUCUGCAAAACAUGACUUAGUACUUGGUGGCAAAACCCUUGUUGGCAAUCACAGAGGUCAGAUGUUUCUUGUAGUUGGCCACCAGGUUUGCACACAUCUCAGGAGGGAUUUUGUUCCACUCCUCUUUGCAGAUCUUCUCCAAGUCAUUAAGGUUUCGAGGCUGACGUUUGGCAACGCGAACCUUCAGCUCCCUCCACAUAUUUUGUAUGGGAUUAAGGUCUGGAGACUGGCUAGGCCACUCCAGGGCCUUAAUGUUCUGCUUCUUGAGCCACUUCUUUGUUGCCUUGGACGUGUGUUUUGGGUCAUUGUCAUGCUGGAAUAACCAUCCACGACCCAUUUUCAAUGCCCUGGCUGAGGGAAGGAGGUUCUCACCCAAGAUUUGACGGUACAUGGCCCCGUCCAUCGUCCCUUUGACGCGGUGAAGUUGUCCUGUCCCCAAAGCAUAAUGUUUCCACCUCCAUGUUUGAUGGUGGGGAUGGUGUUCUUGGGGUCAUAGGCAGCAUUCCUCCUCCUCCAAACACGGCGAGUUGAGUUGAUGCCAAAGAGCUCGAUUUUGGUCUCAUCUGACCACAACACAUUCACCCAGUUCUCAUCUGAAUCAUUCAGAUGUUCAUUGGCAAACUUCAGACGGCCCUGUAUAUGUGCUUUCUUGAGCAGGGGGACCUUGCGGGCGCUGCAGAAUUUCAGUCCUUUAUGGCUUAGUGUGUUACCAAUUGUUUUAUUGGUGACGAUGGUCCCAGCUGCCUUGAGAUCAUUGACAAGAUCCUCUCGUGUAGUUCUGGGCUGAUUCCUCACCGUUCUCAUGAUCAUUGCAACUCCAUGAGGUGAGAUCUUGCAUGGAGCCCCAGGCCGAGGGAGAUUGACAGUUCUUUUGUGUUUCUUCCAUUUGCGAAUAAUCACACUAACUGUUGUCACCUUCUCACCAAGCUGCUUGGUGAUGGUCUUGUAGUCCAUUCCAGCCUUGUGUAGGUCUACAAUCUUGUCCCUAACAUCCUUGGAGAGCUCUUUGGUCUUGGCCAUGGUGGAGAGUUUGGAAUCUGAUUGAUUGAUUGCUUCUGUGGACAGGUGUCUUUUAUACAGGUAACAAGCUGAGAUUAGGAGUACUCCCUUUAAGAGUGUGCUCCUAAUCUCAACUUUUUACCUGUAUAAAAGACACCUGGGAGCCAGAAAUCUUUCUGAUUGAGAGGGGGUCAAAUACUUAUUUCGCUCAUUAAAAUGAAAAUCAAUUUAUAACAUUUUUGACAUGCGUUUUUCUGGAUUAUUUUGUUGUUAUUCUGCCUCUCACUGUUCAAAUAAACCUACCAUUAAAAUUAUAGACUGAUCAUUUCUUUGUCAGUGGGCAAACGUACCAAAUCAGCAGGGGAUCAAAUACUUUUUUUCCCUCACUGUAAAGAAUAGGGUGCCAUUUGGGACACCGGCAGAAUCUACAGGUGUCAGUCAGUUUAAUCUGUGCCUUAUUCAAUAUGACACUUCUGUUUUACUUUGACCUUAUAGACUACAGCAUUGUUUUUCAACUCCAGUCCGGACAAGCACACCUGAUUCAACUUGUCAACUAAUAAUCAAGCCCUUAUUGAGUUGAAUCAGGUGAGUUUGUCUUGGGUUACAACUAAAAUGUGUGCUGUUGUGGGUACUCGAGGACUGGAGUUGGGAAACACUGGGCUACAGUAACUACAUCAUUUGAAACCACCUGUGUAAUAGUAAUAACUAAGUAGGCGAUGUAAUUGAAAAACAAUAACCAUGUCAUGCACUUUACCACAAGGUAGUGAGUAUCUACAGUAUAAAUGUCUGCUUCUGGAGAAGUGUGACUCAUGCACCUUACAGGAAUCAUUCACAGUGUAAAAUCUAAAAUAUAUUUUCUUCAUAUUAGGCUCAAGAGGAAACAACAGAAUGCAGACAGAUGUCUUACCUAUGUGUUGCUCUUUUUAAGGUCACUUCAAUACAAUACUGAAGCAGCAAAAGAGGGUAAUGAAAUGUAGAUGGUGUUCUCGAAUCCAACUAAAGAAGAAAUGAUAGGCUUUAGGCUAAUACCUGUGCAGAUGUACAGUAUAGAAUAGGCCUAGAUGACUUUUAGUCCUUUGCCUUUCAGCCACUGUAGUCAACUUAACAUUGCCUAGGGCCUUAGGCUAUGCAAAGAAUGCAUCAUAAUAAUAACUUGGAAAGGCCAUCAGUACUUAACAGGGGAGGGAGACUGGACGCUACCACUGUUGAAAAUUGGUAAUUACACAGACCGGCAGAAUGUCAAUUGCAGGUUUGCUCAGAUUACUGUCUGUGCCUGGAUGAUAAUUUUAGAAAUUAUAUGCUUGGUAAAUAGUAAUUAUUGAGUGUUUGCCAUUUUAGGUGCAGGGUCUUUGAAGUGCAUUAUUAAAUUGACCUUGACUGUUCUUCAAUUGACCUUCAUUUCAUUCUCCUAUUGAGCUGAUAUCCUGGGCACUUUUCUUUCUCUCUUGCUUAGUGUACUGUUAAAGUUCUAUUGGUGCACUUUAAAGUUAAACAGUCUGAUAUUAAAGCUUUUUUAUUUGAGCAUGAAUGUGCAUCUGAUAUGCUUCUCAGAGCUUUGAUCUGAAUGAGAUAUAGAAAGACUUAGCGGCCCCCUGCCUUGAACUGAGCUUAUGAAAGAUGAACUGUCUAUGUCCAGCCUGAGCAAAGGGAUUUCUCGCCUCUCAUGACUCUCAUCACGACUAUUAUGACUUCUCUUACCCUCUGCCUUAUUUCAUACAGUUUCUGCCCUCUGCAGAUGCUAUUUGCUCUGUCAAUCAUUCACUCCACCCACAUCAUGAGACUGUUCCCAUAUUUACCCUAAUGUCAAUUCAUGCUGCUAUCCUGUUUUUCAGGUCAAAUGGAAGGGAAAGGAUCUUUUUGAUCUGGUGUGCCGGGCUCUGGGACUGAGAGAGACGUGGUUCUUCGGGUUCCAGUAUGAUGUCAAAGAGACUGUAGCCUGGAUCAAGAUGGACAAGAAGGUAAAUCUCAGCAACAGACGGACCCACUGAAAUCUACCACUGAGUAGAUUGAUGUGCUGGUUGGUACUCGGUGUCCCUUACAUUGUUUGUGAACACUGUGAGUUGAAUCGAGAUGUACUCUUCUUCACCAUCUUCUAGGGAUGUCAGGAGCCUGGCAAGAAACUGUCUGACUAAUUGAGUUGUCCAUGUUGUUUUGGUCUCUGUUGCAGGUUUUGGACCAAGAUGUGUCCAAGGAGGAACCAAUCACCCUUAAUUUCCUGGCCAAGUUUUACCCUGAGAAUGCAGAGGAGGAGUUGGUUCAGGACGUCACUCAGCAUCUCUUCUUCCUACAGGUGACUAUGCAUGGCACACUCAUUAUUUCUCAUCAACUCAAUCCAUAUUUUUCACUGUAAAGACUCCUGGCUAUUUUUUAAAUGGGAGUUGGCCACCAAGAAAGUAGCUCUAGUCAUUGUAAUUUUCACUGGUUGGCAUCUUAUCAUUAAUCGUUUUGGAGAUACAUUAUGAAAGCCUCUCAUUUUCAAAACUUUCAAUCUAGGACCUUUGAACAAGCAUGUCUUUUUCCCUUUCGGACCACCUCUUAAGAAAAUCUGUUUUGGAUUCUCAUCUGAUACCUAUCAAGACACUGCUAUAAAGUAGUGCACUAAACAAGGAAUAGGGUGCCAUUUGGGACACACACUUCUUCUUCCAAGUCCUGCAUGUAAACUUCAAAUCUGACAUGCCUCUCAGAACAUGCUAAUAGGUUACUGUCUGUCUCGGCAGUGGACAGAUAGUGAUGAUUUUGUAUGUGUUGGCAAUCUUUCCAGAGGCUUGCCUCGCCUUGCUAGCUGCUUUCAAGAAAGUUUUAAGAGGUUAGAAAUUAUUUUUUAAUCAUCUCAGAAAUACCUAGGUGAAUUUUGGUCAGUUAACUUAUAGAAAGCUCUCAAAUGUUUCAGUGAGAAUCAUACAGUCAUAUUAAAGAUCUUGAAACACUAUGCACAGACAUUUAGCUCUUUAGGCACUUAGCCCAUCAAUGUAAUAAUACUCCACUAUAUUCAUGGUUAUGUGCGCUCAUGUACUUACUUGACCAGUUAUCCCAUUGAAAUGGGCAAUAUAAUACACCUACAGCUACAUUACUGUUCUCUGAAGUUAUAUCACGGGUCUCUUCAGGCAGACUGCCAAUAGAGGGCAAACUUUCACAUCUAGUUUCUUUGACUGCUAUAGUUAGUGAGCACCAGAGCCAAAGCCCUCUCAGUCCAGAACACUCUCAGUAAUACACUUUCCCAUUGUCCCUCUCUGAUUGUAUUCAGCCAUGUGGAAUCAAUGUGCUGCAUUUUAACAGUGGCCUUUCUCCCCUGCCCUAAUACUUUGGGGGGAAUUCCUUCCCAGUACUGACACACUGGAUUCAACCUCAAUGGCACCCUAUUCCCGAUGUAGUGCUCUACUUUUGACCAGAGUACUAUGGGCCCUGGUCAAAAGUAGUGCACUACAUAGGGAAUAGUGUGCCAUUUGGGACAUAACUCCAAUUCCCUUAUCCCCUCACGCCAGAUGAGAUUUGUUACAAUGGUCUCCCUGCUGUCCAAUUCACCUAACCGCAUUUAUCAAUUACCAAUUAGGUUUAAAGGCCCAGUGCAGUCAAAAACAUGGGAUUUCCUGAGUUUUAUAUACAGUGCGUUCGGAAAGUAUUCAGAUCCCUUGACUUUUUCCACAUUUUUUUUACGUUACCGCCUUAUUCUAAAAUGGAUUAAAUAGUUUUUUCCCCUCAUCAAUCUAUACACAAUACCCCAUACAGCAACAUUUUUGCUAAUGUAUUAAAAAUAUAAAACUGAAAUAUAUGUCCCGUGUCCCGUGUAGCUCAGUUGGUAGAGCAUAGCAUUUGCAACGCCAGGGUUGUGGGUUCGAUUCCCACGGGGGGCCAGUAUGAAAAUGUAUGCACUCACUAACUGUAAGUCGCUCUGGAUAAGAGCGUCUGCUAAAUGACUAAAAUGUAAAAUGUAAAUAUGACAUUUACAUAAGUAUUCAGACCCUUUACUCAGUAAUUUGUUGAAGCACCUUUGGCAGUGAUUACAGCCUCAAGUCUUCUUGGGUAUGACGCUACAAGGUUGGCACACCUGUAUUUGGGGAGUUUCUCCCAUUCUUCUCUGCAGAUCCUCUCAAGCUCUGUCAGGUUGGAUGGGGAGGGUCGCUGCAGUCUCUACAGAGAUGUUCGAUCGGGUUCAAGUCUGGGCUCUGGCUGGGCCACUCAAGGACAUUCAGAGACUUGUCCUGAAGCCACUUCUGCGUUGUCUUGGCUGUGUGCUUAGGGUCGUUGUCCUGUUGGAAGGUGAACCUUUGCCCCAGUUUGAGGUCCUGAGCGCUCUGGAGCAGGUUUUUAUCAAGGAUCUCUCUGUACUUUUCUCCGUUCAUCUUUCCCUCGAUCUUGACUAGUCUCCCAGUCCCAGCCGCUGAAAAACAUCCCCACAGCAUGAUGCUGCCACCACCAUGCUUCACCAUAGGGAUGGUGCCAGGUUUCCUCCAGACAUAAUGCUUCAGGCCAAAGAGUUCAAUAUUGGUUUCAUCAGGCAAAAUAAUCCUUUAGGUGCCUUUAGGCAAACUCCAAGCGGGCUGUUAUGUGCCUUUUACUGAGGAGUGGCUUCCGUCUGGCCACUACCAUAAAUGCCUGAUUGGUGGAGUGCUGCAGAGAUGGUUGUCCUUCUGGAAGGUUCUCCCAUUUCUACAGAGAAACUCUGGAGCUCUUUCAGAGUGACGAUCUGGUUCUUGGUCACCUCCCUGACCAAGGCCCUUCUCCCCCAAUUGCUCCGUUUGGCUGGGCUGCCAGCUCUAGGAAGAGUCUUGGUGGUUCCAAACUUCUUCCAUUUAAGAAUGAUAGAGGCCACUGUGUUCUUGGGGACCUUCAGUGCUGCAGACAUUUUAUGGUACCCUUCCCCAGAUCUGUGCCUCGACACAAUCCUGUCUUUGAGCUCUACGGACAAUUCCUUCGACCUCAUGGCUUUGUUUUUGCUCUGACAUGCACUGUCAACUGUGGGACCUUAUAUAGACAGGUGUGUGCCUUUCCAAAUCAUGUCCAAUCAAUUGAAAUUUCCACAGGUGGACUCCAAUCAAGUUGUAGAAACAUCUCAAGGAUGAUCAAUAUAAACAGGAUGCACCUGAGCUCAAUUUCGAGUCUCAUAGCAAAGGGUCUGAAUACUUAUGUAAAUAAGCUAUUUCUGUUCUUUAUUUUUUAAUACAUUUGCAAAAAUGUCUGCAAACUGUUUUCGCUUUGUCAUGAUGGGGUGUUGUGUGUAGAUUGAUGAGGAAAAACAAUUAUUUAAUCAGUUUUAGAAUAAGGCUGUAACGUAAGAAAAUGUGGAAAAAGUCAAGGGGUCUGAAUACUUUCCGAAUGCGCUGUAUAUUUCCACAGUAUGUGGUUGGAAUAAUACUGUGAAAUUGUGAAAAUGAUGAUACUGCCCUUUUAGUGUAAGAGCUGUUUGAAAAGACUGCCUGAAAUUUCAGCCUGUUUUGGUGGGAUGGAGUUUUGGCCUGCUUGGUGACAUCACCAGGUGGUUAAUUAGUUAAUAGACCAAUAGGAAAGAGAGUUCCAAACCUCUCUGCCAAUAACAGUUUGUUUUCAGUUUUCCCCUCCCCACUCAGAUCACUCCCUGACAGUCCUAGCAAAAUUCUUGCUUGAGACAUUGCUCUUUGCAAAGAAGCUAUUUUAGUUUCUUUUUGACUAUUUUAAUUGAAAGAAAUCACAGUAAGGUACUUAACUUCUACCCAGAAAUGAUUUGAUAUUGAGAGAAAAAAUGGCUGCAUUGGGCCUUUAAGAGCUCUGGUCAAUGGCCCACUUAAUGACUUGGUCUCCUGGGAUUCGUUGUCCCUGUAGCAGUCAGUCUCAUUAUAUCCUUUGUACCCUCUUCAGAAACGAGAUGGUGCAUCUCAACAGCUUUCAUCCUGCAAAAUUUCAAAGAAAGAAAGAAAUACUCCUGUCCAUUGUGCUGGAUUUGUUACACGGCUAAAGACAACAAUUUGUUUAUUUAUAUUUCUUAUCUCUCCGUCCUCAGUAUUGGAAUGCAGGUAGGUACUUACUGUAUCUCGGAUGGAUGUGAGUAAAACAUGUUCAGUCCUUAAUCUGUUCUAAAGCAUUUAGCCAAGGAGUUGUUGAGGUUUUAAAGAGAGAACUCACCUGCCACAAAGAAAACGAUUUAGAUGCCCGUGCCGUAUAGCCUAACAUCCAGGAGACAAAUGAAGAACAACAACAACAUCCAUUUAAAAUGGAUGCUGCAAAAAGGAAAGGGACAAGAAUUCAAAAGACUAAACGCUUGUAAAAGCUUGUCUCCGUAUUACUCUCAUGAAUUCCCAUGAUGUGGGAGCACGGCUCCCCCUUCUCCCAUGUUCAGAUAGUGUCGUAAGCAUGACUGACAGCCGGAUUACUGUUUAUGAGAAGCCAUCAACCUCCCUGUCUCUCUGUUUGCGUCCCAAAUGGCAGCCUAUUCCCCUUUAAAGUGCACUACUUUUGACCAGAGCCUGAAAGUUGGCUUGUGCUCGCAGUCCAAAUGGCUAUGUUGCUGACGUCUUACUUUCAAACAACUUUGAACUCAUCCAUGUAGCAGUGAUAGCUAAGCUGUGUGAAAAACAUCAAACGGAAUUUCAGACACAGUCAAACCCAUAUGGCAAAAUGUUUUAAUUAUGUUUUCUCGGUACUAACGUCAAAUUGGAUGACUGCUGUAAAGCAACAAAGAGAUUCACAUCCCCAGCCUGAGCACCAUCUGUGCAUGACAUACUAUAUGCCUUCAUGGAAAACUACUAUAAAAGUUUGUUAACUACUGCUAAAAUAGUUUUUAUUUUCUCAAUCACUUAUCUGACAAAAGAAUGGUCAAAUGAAUCAAUGGUUCCUUUGUUCCAGUGUUGACAUAUUCAAUCGAGGAAUAGGAAUGUGGGGGAGAGCAGAGUGGAGCCCAAAAAGUUCUACCCAAGUUGGUGUAGGCUUAUAGGGACAUUAUUACACUGUAAAAAGUGGGACAACGCUGUUGUUAAUCUGAAGUGCUUUUACUGAUUGGAAUGAUUAAAAUGUACACUUUGGUUUGUUCAACAUAUUCUAUUCAGUGUGUCUGAAUUAGGCUUGGGUGGUAUCCAGAUUUUCAUAUUGUCAUACCGUCCUUCUCUUAUCCAGGGAAAUGGUUCCAAUUGUUUUUCCACCAUUCACUUUUCCCAUUAUUUUUUUUAGAAACACUUAAAAUAAGGGCUGUGUUCCGUGUAGGCUUACCCUUGCGUGACAUUUUGAUAACAGUGUACAUUUCUCUAGGACAAGGUUGCUUUUUAUCCGAAGAGUUGGCGGCGUAGUUUAUUGGGUGCGUGGCUUUCAGUUUGUUAGUUUUGGCCACCCGUGAGAGUGAAUAAAAUGCAGACGUUCUAUAUUACCUUAGAAAUAAUGGAUGAUUAUUUCCAAGUUAAUGUACAGAACGGAGGUGUUUAUCCUGCUUAUACCACAGUUGCCAAAGAAAACAAUAUGAAAGCACACAUUUACCGGUAUAAAUAUUAUUUCUUGUUGAUAUUUAAAUUUUUAUAAGCAAAUAAAUAAUUUAUCAUCUUCUGGUUGCUGGAGAUGCGACCCAGUCGUUCAUUCGAUUAGUUUGAUAUUUACAGACCCAGUCGUUCGUUAUCUGGUUUUAAUGUCCAUUCUAGAAUGCCCUUCUAGCCAAUCAGAUAUGAGUAUUCAACAAUGCUGUGGUAUAAUCAAAUGUAAACUUGUACACUGCCAGCAUCUGUAGUGAUACUUAAAUAAGUGCAAGUGUUACAAAAGAGCCUGAUAAGCUUUCUAUGUUAAUGUAUCCUAUGCUUGGUUAUAAUAUUGUGGCUUUUACAUGCAAAAGUCUUGUGUAAAGAAAAUAUUUUUGAACCAAUUAAAUGUCUUGGUUAACAGGGAAGUUAUUGAAUUGCUUGUAACACUAUUUAAUACAUUUGCAUAAGUAUUUCUAAAUUAAAAAGUGAGCUGGGUUGUACAGUGCAUUCGGAAAGUAUUCAGACCCCUUUACUUUUUCCACAUUGUCACACCCUGACAUAGAGUUGGCUAGUUGGUGAGUCAGGGUGUGAAUAUUUGAUGUGGGAAUUUCUAUGUGGACAUUCUAGUAUUUGUAUUUCUAUGUUUGGCCGGGUGUGGUUCCCAAUCAGAGGCAGCUGUCGCUCGUUGUCUCUAAUUGGGGAUCAUACUUAGGCCGCCAGUUUUCCUGCCUGGGUUGUGGGAUCUUGUUUAUGUUCCGUGUUAGGCUUGUAUGUGUAUAGCCUGAGGACUUCACUUUACGUUGUUUCUUGUUUUGUUUAUGUUUAUUGAGUUUAAUAAACAUGUACGCUUUUCACGCUGCACCUUGGUCUGACCCGUCUCUCAACGUUCGUGACACACAUUUUGUUACGUUACAGCCUUAUUCUAAAAUGGAUUAAAUAAAUCACAUUCCUCAUCAAUCUACACACAAUAGCCCAUAAUGUGGAAAACAGGUUUUUAGAAAUGUUUGCAAAUCUAUAAAAACUAUAAAACAGAAAUUCCUUAUUUACAUAAGUAUUCAGACUCUUUGCUAUGAGACUCGAAAUUGAGCUCAGGUGCAUCCUGUUUCCAUCCUUGAGAUGUUUCUACAACUUGAUUGGAGUCCACCUGUGGUAAAUUCAAUUGAUUGGACAUGAUUUGGAAAGGCACACACCUGUCUAUAUAAGGUUCCACAGUUGACAGUGCAUGUCAGAGCAAAAACCAAGCCAUGAGGUCGAAGGAAUUGUCCGUAGAGCUCAGAGAGGAUUGUGUCGAGGCACAGAUCUGGGGAAGGUUAUCAAAAAAGUUAUGCAGCAUUGAAGGUCCCCCAAAACACAUUGGCCUCCAUCAUUAUUUUUAAUACAUUUGCAAAAAUUUCUAAAAACCUGUUUUUCCUUUGUCGUUAUGCGAUAUUGUGUGUAGAUUGAUGAGGAAAAAAACAAUUUAAUCAAUUUUAGAAUAAGGUUGUAACGUAACAAAAUGUGGAAAAAGUUAAGGGGUCUGAAUACUUUCCGAAUGCAUUGUAUUUACAUAAAAUAUUAGUUUGUAUUUGUUAUUUAUCAGGUUUAACCAAAGAGGAAAAGUAAGUUGUGUUGAAAUAAGUAUGUUGCAACUUGAAAUACAGCUUUUGUAAUAAUCAAAUAAAACAGUUGGCGUUGAAUCAUAUAUUUUGUUUCAAUAAAUGUAAUAUUUUUCAAUUUACUGGUAACCAGUUGAAGUAAUUGUUUUUUGGUUCAUCCAAAGAGUUCUUUUUUACAGUGUAGGUCCGAUUUUGUCAAUCUCUUUUUUUGUUUCCAUUCAGGUAAAGAAUAAGAUCCUGGAAGAGGAGAUAUACUGCCCUCCUGAAGCCUCGGUGCUGCUGGCCUCCUAUGCCGUCCAGGCCAAGGUCUGUAUCACUGGAACUCUGUUCUCUCCUCUUACAAUCAAUAAACCUGUCUGUCCACACAUCCAUCUGUCCAUUCCAUUCACUCACCCGUCCAUCUGUCAGUCAGUCAGUCCGUCCAUCCAUCCAUCCAUCCAUCCAUCCAUCCAUCCAUCCAUCCAUCCAUCCAUCCAUCCAUCCAUCCAUCCAUCCAUCCAUCCAUCCAUCCAUCCAUCCAUCCAUCCAUCUAUAAUUGAAAGCCCUUUGUAGCUCAGUUGGUAGAGCAUGGCGUUUGCAACGCCAGGGUUGUGGGUUCGAUUCCCACGGGGGGCCAGUAUGAAAAAUGUAUGCACUCAGUAACUGUAAGUCGCUCAGGAUAAGAGCGUCUGCUAAAUGACUAAAAUGUAAAAUGUAAAUGAAAAAUACAGGGCCAAGCUCAAUGAAACUCCAGACAGGAAGCCUUGGUUUGUCAUUUGCAAAAUAAAGACUCUCCAAAUGAACAUCCCCACUUCCUCUCACCAUUCUGCUGAAGGAUUGCAUCACUCCAAACCUGUCUGUCUCCAGAUUCCCCCAAAGAGGACAACCGUUGACCAUGCCUGAAUCCCAAUUUGCACCAGAUUCCCUUUAUAGUGCAGUACCUUUGACCAGGGCCAUAUGUCUCUGGUCAAAAGUAGUACACUAUAUUUGGAAUAGGGUGCCAUUUGGGACACAUCACGUCUUAUACACAAAUCACAUCAGGCCGGCUCUCCUCUCCUCUCCUCUCCUGUCAGAUCAUUUGAACUAGACACGGCAGAAACGGGAACAUGCUCUCAGUGUAUCAGCAGUCCGCUUUGAUUAUCUUUGAAUUGAUCUGCUUAACUUGACUUCACAUAAUGGGAGGUUGUUAUAGGUUAGUGAGAGAUUGGUGGCAGGGUGACCUUUCUCCAUUCUCUCUGUCCACCUGGGUUGUUUUUGUGUAGGAAAAGAUAGAUAUACUGAGAUAUCGGGCUAUGUUGGGACCUCACGUUGUAUCUAACGGACUAUGUGAAGGGCAGAGGAGAUCGAAAGAAAGGGAGUUGAUGUUUCAAGUUUUAAUGUCACAUGCACAAGUACAGUGAAAUGUCUUUCUUGCUAGCUCUAACCCCAACAAUGAAAUAAUCAACAAUGUAAUACAAAAAAUAACAAGGUAGAACAAAAACACACAAGACAUAGAAAUAAGAAGAACACGAUAAAGUAAGUAAGCAUACUAUACUGAACAAAAAUAUAAACACAACAUGCAACAAUUUCAAGUUACAGUUCAUAUAAGAAAAUAAGUCAACUGAAAUGAAUUCAUUAGGCCCUAAUCUAUGGAUUUCACAUCACUGGGAAUACAGAUCUGUUGGUCACAGGUACCUUAAAAAAAACAAGGUUGGGGCGUGGAUCAGAAACCAGUCAGUAUCUGGUGUGACCACCAUUUGCCUCAUGCAGCGCGACAAAUCUCCUUCACAUAGAGUUCAGGCUGUUGAUUGUGGCCUGUGGAAUGUUGUCCCACUCCUCUUCAAUGGCUGUGUAAAGUUGCUAUAUAUUGGUGGGAACUGGAACACGCUGUCGUACACGUCGAUCCAGAGCAUACCAAACAUGCUCAAUGGGUGACAUGUCUGGUGAGUAUGCAGGCCAUGGAAGAACUGGGACAUUUUCAGCUUCCAGGAAUUGUGUACAGAUCCUUUUGACAUGGGGCCGUGCAUUAUCAUGCUGAAACAUGAGGUGAUGGCGGUGGAUGAAUGGCACGACAAUGGGCCUCAGGAUCUCGUCACGGUAUCUCUGUGCAUUAAAAUUGCCAUCGAUGAAAUGCAAUUGUGUUCAUUGUCCGUAGCUUAUGCCUGCCCAUACCAUAACCCCACCGCCACCAUGGGGCACUAUGUUCACAACGUUGGCAUCAGCAAACCGCUCGCCCACACGACGCCAUACAUGCUGUCUGCCAUCUGCCCGGUACAGUUGAAACCGGUAUUCAUCCGUGAAGAGCACACUUCUCCAGCGUGCCAGUGGACCAUCGAAGGUGAGCAUUUGCCCACUGAAGUCGGUUACGAGAUGACAGCUUUGCACACUCUUGGCAUUCUCUCAACCAGCUUCACAUGGAAUACUUUUCCAACAGUCUUGAAGGAGUUCCCACAUACAUCUGCGGUUGUGAGGCCGGUUGGACGUACUGCCAAAUUCUCUAAAACGACAUUGGAGGCAGCUUAUGGUAGAGAAAUGAACAUAAACUUAUCUGGCAACAGCUCUGGUGGACAUUCCUGCAGUCAGCAUGCCAAUUGCACGCUCCCUCAAAACCUGUGGCAUUAUGUUGUGUGACAGAAAUGCACAUUUUAGAGUGGCCUUUUAUUGUCCCCAGCACAAGGUGCACCUGUGUAAUGAUCAUGCUGUUUAAUCAGCUUCUUGAUAUGCCACACCUUUCAGGUGGAUGGAUUAUCUUGGCAAAUGAGAAAUGCUCACUAACAGGGAUGUAAACGAAUUUGUGCACAACAUUUGAGAGAAAUAAGCUUUUUGUGAGAAUGGAACAUUUCUGGGAUCUUUUAUUUCAGCUCAUGAAACAUGGGACCAACAUUUUACAUGUUGCAUUUAUAUUUUUGUUCAGUGUAUAUACAGAGUCGGUUCCAGUACCAUAUUUACAAUGUGCAGUGAUACUGGAUCGAUAGAGGUAGAUAUGUAUAGGGUAAGGUGACUAGGCAUCAGGAUAUACAGUGGGGGAAAAAAAGUAUUUAGUCAGCCACCAAUUGUGCAAGUUCUCCCACUUAAAAAGAUGAGAGAGGCCUGUAAUUUUCAUCAUAGGUACACGUCAACUAUGACAGACAAAAUGAGAAAAUUGUAGGAUUUGUAAUGAAUUUAUUUGCAAAUUAUGGUGGAAAAUAUGUAUUUGGUCACCUACAAACAAGCAAGAUUUCUGGCUCUCACAGACCUGUAACUUCUUCUUUAAGAGGCUCCUUUGUCCUCCAUUCGUUACCUGUAUUAAUGGCACCUGUUUGAACUUGUUAUCAGUAUAAAAGACACCUGUCCACAACCUCAAACAGUCACACUCCAAACUCCACUAUGGCCAAGACCAAAGAGCUGUCAAAGGACACCAGAAACAAAAUUGUAGACCUGCACCAGGCUGGGAAGACUGAAUCUGCAAUAGGUAAGCAGCUUGGUUUGAAGAAAUCAACUGUGGGAGCAAUUAUUAGGAAAUGGAAGACAUACAAGACCACUGAUAAUCUCCCUCGAUCUGGGGCUCCACGCAAGAUCUCACCCCGUGGGGUCAAAAUGAUCACAAGAACGGUGAGCAAAAAUCCCAGAACCACACGGGGGGACCUAGUGAAUGACCUGCAGAGAGCUGGGACCAAAGUAACAAAGCCUACCAUCAGUAACACACUACGCCGCCAGGGACUCAAAUCCUGCAGUGCAAAACGUGUCCCCCUGCUUAAGCCAGUACAUGUCCAGGCCCGUCUGAAGUUUGCUAGAGUGCAUUUGGAUGAUCCAGAAGAGGAUUGGGAGAAUGUCAUAUGGUCAGAUGAAACCAAAAUAUAACUUUUUGGUAAAAACUCAACUCGUCGUGUUUGGAGGACAAAGAAUGCUGAGUUGCAUCCAAAGAACACCAUACCUACUGUGGGGGUGGAAACAUCAUGCUUUGGGGCUGUUUUUCUGCAAAGGGACCAGGACGACUGAUCCGUGUAAAGGAAAGAAUGAAUGGGGCCAUGUAUCGUGAGAUUUUGAGUGAAAACCUCCUUCCAUCAGCAAGGGCAUUGAAGAUGAAACGUGGCUGGGUCUUUCAGCAUGACAAUGAUCCCAAACACACCGCCCGGGCAACAAAGGAGUGGCUUCGUAAGAAGCAUUUCAAGGUCCUGGAGUGGCCUAGCCAGUCUCCAGAUCUCAACCCCAUAGAAAAUCUUUGGAGGGAGUUGAAAGUCCGUGUUGCCCAGUGACAGCCCCAAAACAUCACUGCUCUAGAGGAGAUCUGCAUGGAGGAAUGGGCCAAAAUACCAGCAACAGUGUGUGAAAACCUUGUGAAGAAUUACAGAAAACGUUUGACCUGUGUCAUUGCCAACAAAGGGUAUAUAACAAAGUAUUGAGAAACUUUUGUUAUUGACCAAAUACUUUUUUUCCACCAUAAUUUGCAAAUAAAUUCAUAAAAAAUCCUACAAUGUGUUUUUCUGGAUUUUUUUUCCUCAUUUUGUCUGUCAUAGUUGACGUGUACCUAUGAUGAAAAUGACAGGCCUCUCUCAUCUUUUUAAGUGGGAGAACUUGCACAAUUGGUGGCUGACUAAAUACUUUUUUUCCCCACUGUAUGAUAAACAGAGUAGCAGUGUGCGUAAGUGUGUAGGGCCCUGUGCGUGUGCAUAGAGAAUAAAAUAUAAGGGUGAAAGUGUAGCCAUUUUGUUAGCUAUUUAGAUAGCUAUUGAGCAGUCGUAUGUGUGUGUGUGUGUGUGUGUGUGUGUGUGUGUGUGUGUGUGUGUUAGGGCUGGGAAUUGACAGGGAUCUUUCGAUACGAUAUUAUCACGAUACUUAGGUGCCAAAACGAAAUGUAUUGUGAUUCUAUAUGUAUUGCAAUUUGAUGUUCCAAACAUAUUGCUGACUAUAUGCUGCUGCAGAGAGACGAGAGAGAAUUAGAAAAUUAGUUUUGAUCAGUCAUGGAAAUAAAAAUGCAGAAAACAUGUUGGCUCACAAUUUUUUUUAAAGAUGGAGAACAAGCUAUAGGAUUAAAAAUACAUGGGUUUUGGCACAGGUAUCGCUGACUAGCGCUAGCUAACGCUACCUAGCAAAAAACAAACAUUGUUUAUUAUUAUAAUUUUGUACAAAUCGAUAAUAAUAAUAAUAUUGAGAUAUGUAACUACAUCGAUUUCCCCUCCCCCAUCACUUGUGUGUGUGUGGAAUGAGAUGUUCUCUAUAAAGAAAAUGAAGGCGAAGUGAGUGGGGAAAAGACGAGUGAUUCUAACUGGCAUGAUUUAGCCUAUAGGCAGGUUGAGAUAAGGGCAAUCGUACAGACUUACAGAUUUAAGAUCUGUAAUCUGAUUUCAAUGACAGCAGAUACCACUGAACAUCAUAAGCAGUGGAAAGCUUAAUUGACAUGCAAGAGAUGGAGAGAGAUUGAAGGUGGGCAGACUGAUAAAGGGAUUAGAGGAAGCAGAAGGUGUGUGUGUGUGUAUUUAUUGGUGUGUAUGUGCAUGCACGUGUGUGUGUAUAUGUGUGUAGGCUAAUGUAUCUCAUUCUGCUAGGCGGUGCAGGAUAGACUCGUGUUUGCUGUUUGGUAUUCUGCAGGGCACCUCGCACCAGAGAAAUGUUGACAGGGAAUUUUCAAGCAACAGCUGCUUCAUAAAACGCAGGGAGUUACCUGGCCAGGCGUACACUCAAUGGCUGUAGGGAGAGCAGGGGUAGCAGAAGGAGAGGAGAGGGGUAGCUAGUGGAGUAUAGAGAGUGUGUGUGACACACCAAGCAGCCUGCAUUGUAACCCCACUGUGUUAAUAGAAUACAAUACAGAGAGUUGGUCUGAGAUACGAUCGACCAGUUAUUACUAGUCUGCAUUGCUGCUCUGGCAGCUGACAUCGAUGAUUUAAAUUGGCGUAUUGUCACCUCAUCUUAGUAAAGGGAUUCUUGUCGAUUUAAUGUCUUGAUGUCUUGAUUAGGUUCAUGCAAUUCAAGGUUAAGAAUUGAAAUACAGUAACAACACACCUUCCAUUCAACUACAACAACCAAUAGUAUCCAAAACAUCCAACACACUUUCAAAACUACUCCUGUGUCCUUUUCCGAAUGAUGAUGAAUUUGCCAUUAAGCAUGAUUCCCUAGUUACCAAGUAUAAACUCACAUUCAGUUCCGACUGAUGAAAGCUAAAUGGUUGGUGGUAGCUGUUAUCAUCAGGUCUCAUCAGUUUCUGGUCCUUACACUAAUUUUAGACCCAUUUCCUUUGGCCUUUUGUACCAGUCCUGAAACUCUCUCCCUGUCUGUCUCCCUGUCUGUCUACCUGUCUGUCUGAGUAGUUAAGACGUAGAAUUGCGAGUGCAGGCCUUUUCUCUGGCCAGCAGUCCCAUGUCAGCUUACGUGUUUGGCUGUCAGAGAAACUUCCAGAGAGUGGACUGGCAAGACAGCAAAGAUGUUACUGAUGUUGACUGCUGCCCUCACACAAUACUAUUCUCUUCCAUCCAACUAGUUAUUGUUUGUAGCCUCUGGUCUGUAGAGAGAUUACAGACUUGAAUGUGUGUGACACACGCACACACACACACACGCACACACACGCACACACACACACACACACACACACACACACACAUACACACAUACACACACACACACACACACACACACACACACACACACACACACACACACACACACACACACACACACAAAGGAACUACCACAGUUUUCCCUAGCCCAGGGGGAGGUAAUUUCUGUGUCAGUGAAUCAUUUUGAUACCACCACUGAUGGUAUUUGACAUUCCCUUCUUCUCUCGUCCAUUGUUAUUCCUCUCAAUAAUUUCUGAGCCAUAUCUUAAUGACAUGUAAUGACACAAUUUCCUGACAACCAGGGAGCUGUUUGUUUGUGUGUGUGUGUGUGUGUGUGUGAGCUGCAAGUAAAUUAGUCUGUGUGUUGAUGGAAGACUGACCCUGUUCAUUUUGACCGAUUCCUUCAUCUCUCAUUUUAAUACUUAAUACUUAUCUUAAUCAUAAACUUCAUAAAAGGAUAGAAAUAUACUAUCAUAUUAUCUCUAUUGGCUGUUAUCCUGGCCUGACCAUUACCUUUUAACUGCUUUUUCUCUCUUGACUUUGCAGUAUGGAGACUAUGACCCCAAUGUCCACAAACCAGGCUUUCUUGCUCAAGAGGAACUCCUACCAAAGAGGGUGAGUGACUGCCAUUAUUCUUUUAGCUGCAAUGCAUAAGCACCACCGUAGUAACCUAGUAGUUUUCAUUUCUGCCAGAAAUGUUAAGGACAUUAUCAAUGACGGUAAUAAAGUGUUCCUUGGAUUUCAUGGAACACAUGGACAAAGGCAUGUUUUCAUUAUUGUCUCGCAUACAUUUUGCAUAAAACAUUUGAGUGAUUGUUUUGACUACGUAUCCUCUGUUUUUUAGGUGAUCAACCUGUACCAAAUGACAGCAGAGAUGUGGGAGGAGAGAAUCACUGCUUGUUAUGCUGAGCAUAGAGGGAGGACAAGGUAAAACUGCAAUGUCAUAUACCUGUCUAGGGAUAAGGUGUCUGUCUUCAUUGAUUCUCGGACAGUUCUCAGUGCUUAUGUAUAGGAGUUUUUUCCUCCGUUGUUUAGAGUUAGGCCUAUGUACUCGGGCUAACACCAAAGAAGGCGCGCAUAAGAGCAAACUUGUGGAUCUACCCUCUUGCUUUUGUUUGCCAGCCACAUCAAAAGAACAUCAGAUAAAAGUGAAACGAGCGUCAACGUCGUGGUUUUUGUCAAAGUAUGCAAAUGUUGUUUCUAACUGGAGAUGACCCAGAAGAAGAGUCCGAUCUGACAACCUAGAAAGAGAAAAAAGAAAACUGCUUAAAUUUACUUUCAUCACUAGAUUACAAUGUAACUGGCUGUUUGAGGCUGCAGCAGAAUUAGUUUAUCUGCCUAAACCACAGCGCGUGACCUCUCAAGUGCAUUCAGGGAAUUACACUCUACGUUAGUGUGAAACCCCCUGCUGAUGUUGAAUCAGGUGUGCUUGUCCGGGGCUACAGUAAAAAUGUGUACUGUUGGGGGAACUCGAGGACUGUUGGGAACCACCACUCUAAUACACAUAAUUAUGCAUGAGUUAGAAAGAGGUGUCUCUCUCUCUCUCGCUCUCUCUUGACACAUGAUGUUCUGAUCUCAUCUUCUCUUCUCCUGACCCAGGGAAGAUGCUGAGAUGGAGUACUUAAAAAUAGCUCAGGACCUGGAGAUGUACGGCAUCAAUUACUUUCCCAUCAGGGUGAGACUGAGAACCUUUUCUGCUUCUUUCCCAUCAAAGAGAGAGGUGUUAAGCCCAUACAAUAAGCCCAUAGAAAUGUUGGAAAAGUUAAGUUUAUGGAAAGGUAUGAGAAACAUGAUCCUGGAUGAUUCAUCCACCAGUAAGCCAAUAGAAAGCUAUUAUCCUCUCAAAAUGUUACUAGGUAAUUGAAGAAAGGUAAUUGAAGAAAUAAGGUGAAAGUUUAAUCCUAUAUUAAUUUGUACUUCAGCAGGUUGUAGUGGAAAAUAUCUGGAUCCUAAUAUAGUGAGAAAUUGAUUUAGGCUUUAUGAAAGUAAUCUCAGCACCCAGAACCAAAUCUAACGGUCUGUCAUGAGUGACUAAUAUGAAAAGUAACCAUUGAUUACUGCAAUAUUACUACUUCAUCAUUAUGUUCUUUAAAGGGAUAAUCCACCCCAAACCACUAAUUCCUGUGAUUAACAGUGUUAAACAGUGUUAAAUAGCACUAAUAUGUGAAAAGGAUAUUGGGGGAAAAAACGUUUCAUUUUGUCGUUAUAACAAGGUUGGUAGCAAUGUGAAAAUCGUUGUGGAAAUCUGUUGUAGCUCAAGUCGACUACAAAACCCACAAUGCAGUGCUCUCUCCGGGCUGUCUAGCUAGCUAGCAAACGUAGCUACACACAAUACUACCAAAGACAUUAUCAGCAUGUGAAGUACACUGAACAAAAAUAUAAACGCAACAUGUAAAGUGUUGGUCCAAUGUUUCAUGAGCAGAAUAAAAGAGCGAGACAUUUUUUGCAAAAUUUGUUUACAUCCCUGUUAGUGAGCGUUUCUCCUUUGCCAAGAUAAUCCAUCCACCUGACAGGUUUGGCAUAUCAAGAAGCUGAUUAAACAGCAUGAUCAUGACACCGGUGCACCUUGUGAUGAGGACAAUAAAAGGCCAUUCUAAAAUGUGCAGUUUGUCACACAACACAAUGCCACAGAUGUCUCAAGUUUUGAGGGAGCGUGCAAUUGGCAUGCUGACUGCAGGAAUGUCCACCAGAGCUGUUGCCUGCCAGAUAAUUUCAUGUUAAUUUCUCUACGGUAAGACGCCUCCAACGUCGUUUUUAGAGAAUUACGUCCAACCGGCCUCACAACCGCAGAAUAAAUGUAACCACGCUAGCCCAGGACCUCCACAUCCGGCUUCUUCACCUGCGGGAUUGUCUGAGACCAGCCACCUGAUGAAACUGUAGGUUUGCACAACCGAAAAAUGUAUGCAUAAACUGUCAGAAACAUUCUCAGGGAAGCUCAUCUACGUGCUCGUCGUUCUCACCAGGGUCUUGACCUGACUGCAGUUCGGCGACGUAACCGACUUCAGUGGGCAGAUUAUUACAUUUGAUGGCCACUGGCAUGCUGGACAUGUGUGCUCUUCACGGAUUAAUCCAGAUUUCAACUGUACCGGGCAGAUGGCAGACUUGUGGGCGAGCGGUUUGCUCAACGUUGUGAACAGAGUGCCCAUGGUGGCAGUGGGGUUAUGGUAUGGGCAGGAAUAAGCUACGUUCAAUGAACACAAUUGCAUUUUGUCGACGGCAAUUUGAAUGCACAGAGAUACCGUGAUGAGAUCCUGAGGCCCAUUGUCCUGCUAUUCAUCCGCCGCCAUCACCUCAUGUUUCAGCAUGAUAAUGCACGGCCCCAUGUCGUGAGGAUCUGUACACAAUUCCUGGAAGAUGAAAAUGUCCCAGUUCUUCCAUGUCCUGCAUACUCACCAGACAUGGCACUCAUUGAGCAUGUUUGGGACACUUUGGAUCGACGUGUAUGACAUCGUGUUCCAGUUCCCGCCAAUAUCCAGCAACUUCGCACAGCCGUUGAAGAGGAGUGGGACAACAAUCCACAGGCCGCAAUCAACAGUGUUGUGCUGCAUGAGACAAAUGGUGGUCACACCAGAUUCUGAGUCGUUUUCUGAUUCACGCCCCUACUUUCUUUUUUAAAGGUAUCUGUGACCAACAGAUGUAUACAGUGCCUUGCAAAAGUAUUUCCUAUUUUGUUGCAUUACAACCUGUAAUUUAAAUUGGAUUUUUAUUUGGAUUUCAUGUAAUGGACAUACACAAAAUAGUCCAAAUUGGUGAAGUGAAAUGAAAAAAAUAACUUGUUUCAGAAAAUUCAAAGAAAGAAAUAAUGGAAAAGUGGUGCGUGCAUAUGUAUUCACCCCCUUUGCUAUGAAGCCCCUAAAUAAGAUCUGGUGCAGCCAAUUACCUUCAGAAGUCACAUAAUUAGUUAAAUAAAGUCUACCUGUGUGCAUUCUAAGUGUCACAUCAUCUCAGUAUAUAUACACCUGUUCUGAAAGGCCCCAGAGUCUGUAACACCACUAAGCAAAACCAAAACCAACACCUCUCAUCACCCCGAGAACACCAUCCCUACAGUGAAGCAUGGUGGUGGCAGCAUCAUGCUGUGGGGAUGUUUUUCAUCGGCAGGGACUGGGAAACUGGUCAGAAUUGGAGGAAUGAUGGAUGUCGCUAAAUACAGGGAAAUCCUUGAGGGAAACCUGUUUCAGUCUUCCAGAGAUUUGAGACUGGGACGGAAGUUCACCUUCCAGCAGGACAAUGACCCAAGGCAUACUGCUUAAGCAACACUCGAGUGGUUUAAGGGGAAACAUUUAAAUGUCUUGGAAUGGCCUAGUCAAAGCCCAGACCUCAAUCCAAUUGAGAAUCUGUGGUAUGACUUAAAGAUUGCUGUACACCAGCAGAACCCAUCCAACUUGAAGGAGCUGGAACAGUUUUGCCUUGAAGAAUGGGCAGAAAUCCCAGUGGCUAGUUGUGCCAAGUUUAUGGAGACAUACCCCAAGAGACUUGCAGCUGUAGUUGCUGCAAAAGGUGGCUCUAUAAAGUAUUGACUUUGGGGGGUGAAUAGUUAUGCACGCUCAAGUUUUCAGUUCUUUUUUUUCUUAUUUCUUGUUUGUUUCACAAUAAAACAUAUUUUGCAUCUUCAAAGUGGUAGGCAUGUUGUGUAAAUGAAAUUAUACAAACCCCCCAAAAAAUCUAUUUUAAUUCCAGGUUGUAAGGCAACAAAAUAGGAAAAAUGCCAAGGGGGGUGAAUACUUUCGCAAGCCUCUGUAUCUGUAUUCCCAGUCAUGUGAAAUCCAUAGAUUAAGGACCUAAUUAACUUAUUUCAGUUGACUGAUUUCCUUAUAUGAACUGUAACUCAGUAAAAUCUUUGAAAUUGGUGCAUGUUGCGUUUAUAUUUUUGUUCAGAGUUGCUAGCUUUUACCUAAACAAACUGCACUAUCAAUUUAGGAGUCUGUCUCACAGAGUUCAACUUGCAGUUUGCCUCUGCCCAGAGCGAGUGCAGAGUAUGUUGCUAUAGCAACAAAGGCCCUUUCCCACGUUUCCCACAGACACACAGGGCGUAUUGCGAGAUGGUACUUGAAGGAGAAACUAAGUUGAAUAAUUUGGUACUCUAUCUAGAUUGAGCACAUCUAAGCGAAAUAUAUACUUUGUCAUGAUGAUAUACACGGAUGGUUGUGUUCUAGAGUAUGCCCAUACCAUCUAUUGGCUGAUUUGGCGAUCUUUUGUAUUUUACCCACUGAUAGAACAUAUAUAUUCAUGUCUCAUUUAAUCAGUUUCUCUCUUGAAGUGACAUAAUAUAGCCUACUGCGGUGAUCAAUGUCUACUCUAAAAGACCAGGGCAUUCUAAGUAGCACAUCAAACUUACUCAACAUUAGUAAUUCAUGUAGGUUAAGGUCUUAGAUGAACAAAACCAAGAACAGUACCUUGUAUUACAACUAGUAUUUAUCAGAAUAAAAGAGAGUAAUGAAUUAGAGCUGGGAGGAUAAACCGAAAAGGAUCAACACCGACCAUACCAAUCACUUAUCUCAGGCAUUUUGCUGAUAUCGUUCAUUAUGAUAAGUAGCCUUUGAAAUGAAAUGAGUUUGCUAAUAUGGGUGAUUGUUAGUGGGACAAUUGAUGGCUACAACUAUCAAACUAGUAGUAAUAGUUUGUAAAGGAUAAUAAAACAAACUGUGGUGCACAUUAAUGUUAUAAACUUAUCAUUCUAUUUAUCGUUAUCGCAUCAAUUUAGUCAAUUUAUCGCAAUAUGGAUUUUUGACAGUAUUGCCCAGCUCUCUAAUGAAUUGUGUUGCCAGGCUGUGCCACUACCACUACUGCCUGUCAGACAGAUAUACACUGGAGUGUAGAACAGUCAAUAAAGACCACUACUUUGUAUCACAGCUGGUGUUUAUUAGCAUAAAGGAGAGUAAUGAAUUGUGUCUGUCAGAAAGACAAACAGACACUAGAGUGAAGUCUGAUAGUCCCACAGCUACUUACCUGGGUGUCUAAGCAAAGAUCCAGUAAAUGCUGAGGGCUUUGUUUCCUAUUCUCAUUCACCAAGACUUCCUGGAAAAUAGUGGAAAGUGUUACUAAGUCACUGAUUGGCCUAUCCUGGUUAAAGAAACAAUAUGGAAUUAAAUGUUCUUCAUUAGGGUGUGUGUGGCUAUCUAUAUAACUUUCUUUGUUUCAUCCUCGCUUCCUUCGUUCAUCACUCUGUUCUUUUGUUUCCCCCAGAACAAGAAGGGAACUGAUCUCCUGCUGGGAGUGGAUGCCUUGGGUCUACAUAUCUACGAUCCAGACAACAAAUUGACCCCCAAAUGUUCCUUCCCCUGGAAUGAGAUCCGCAACAUCUCCUACAGCGACAGAGAGGUACUGGAUCGUUACUUCUACAGCCUCUGAAAUUGGACCAGGAUUGGGGUCAGUUCCAUUUCAGUCCAGUCAACGCGGGAAUUAAACAGAAAUUCAAAUGUUCAAUGCAGUUUACUUUCUGAGUUGACUGAAUUUAAAUGGAAUUGACCCCAACCCUGAAUGGAACAAGUCUGUUUUUACAGAUUGUGUAACCUCUUACUUUGAGGUUUUAUUGUGUCUUGUCUUCUUUCUGAUCAAGUUUGCCAUAAAGCCUCUGGAUAAGAAAACAGACGUGUUCAAGUUCAACUCCUCCAAGUUGAGGGUUAACAAGUUGGUGAGUACAGUGAUGAAAACGAAACAUUAUUUUCUUUUCUGAAUGUAUUAUUAUGUGAGAGUUAGUUUCUUGUUUUUAAAGGCCCAGUGCAGUCAAAAACUAGAUUUCUGUGUUUUAUACACUGAAUGUACAAAACCCUUUCCAUGACAUAGAAUGACCAGGUAAAUCCAGGUGAAAGCUUUGAUCCCUUAUUGAGGUCACCUGUUAAAUCCACUUCAAAUCAGUGUAGAUGAAGGGGAGGAGACAGGUUAAAGAAGGAUUUUUAAGCCUUGAGACAAUUGAGACAUGGAUUGUAUAUUUGUGCCAUUCAGAGGGUGAAUGGGCAAGCCAAAAUAUGUAAGUGCCUUUGAACAGGGUAUGGUAGUAGGUGCCAGGCGCACUGGUUUGUGUCAAGAACUGCAAUGCUGCUGAGAAUGAUCCACCACCCAAAGGACAUCCAGCCAACUUGACACAACUGUGGGAAGCGUUGGAGUCAAUAUGGGCCAGCAUCCCUGUGGAACGCUUUCAACACCUUGUUGAGUCCAUGCCCCAACGAAUUGAGGCUGUUCUGAGGGCAAAGGGAAGGGUGCAACUCAAUAUUAGGAAUAGUGUUCAUAAUGUUUUGUACACUCAGUGUAUAUUUCCACACUAUAAGGGUUGGAAUAAUACUGUGAAAUUCUGAAAAUGAUGAUACUGCCCUUUUAGUGUAAGAGCUGUUUGAAAAGACCGCCUGAAAUAUCAGCCUGUUUUGUUGGGAUGGAACUUUGGAGGUAGUAAAUUAGUUAAUAGACCAAUAAAAAAUAGCAUUCCAAACCACUCUGCCAAUAACAGCUGGUUUUCAGUUUUCCCCUCCACACUCUUGCCCCUCUCUUGCUUGAGAAAUUGCAUUUUACUAAGAAGCAAUUUUUGUUUCUUUUUGACCAUUUUAAUUCAAAACAAUUACAGUAAGGUACUUCGUUGUUACCCAGAAAUUAUUUGAAAUUGAGAUACAAAUGGCUGCAUUGGACCUUUAAGUGUACUUAAACUCACCUAAUUGUUCCACUCUAGAUCCUGCAGCUGUGCAUGGGGAACCAUGACCUGUUCAUGCGGAGGAGGAGGGUGGACUCUCUAGAGGUGCAGCAGAUGAAGGCCAUGGCCCGAGAGGAGAGGGCCAGGAAACGGGUAUGAACAGAAUGGUCAAUGGAGGCCGAGUCGUUGGAAGAGACAUGGAGGUGGUUUACCACCCCGACUGUCUCUGUGCUCCUCUUUCUGCCUUUACAGCUGCAGCUCUUGUCCCUCUUGUUCAUCGUUACCUUUGUCCUCUGUCUCUUUGUGAUCCUGACUAUGUCCCUCUCGGUCGAACCUGUAACCUGCUUACGCCCCCGCCUCUCUCUGUCUGUGUCUAGGUGGAGAGGCAGCGGUUAGAGAGGGAGAAGCACCUGAGAGAGGCGGCAGAGAGAGCCAGGGACGAUCUGGAGAGGAGACUGAUGCAGCUACAGGAUGAAGCCCACAUGGCCAAUGAUGCUCUGGUAAGACCAGUGGGUUGUUCCUUUUUUUAUUUGUAUAUAUUUUUUUUUAACCCAGUGGGGUGUUCCUAGACUCAGACACAUCUCAUAUAAGUAGAUUGUUUACUAGGAGAAGGGAUGGUUUACCCAGGGAUUUUGGGUCCUGAUGCUUAAAGAAAUACAUCUUAUUAAUCUAAAUAAUUUAGAUUUGCAAUCGUUCUGCUAAGGCAAAAUAUGUGGUUAAUGAUUUGUGUGUUUUUCUCUCUUACCCCCUCCCUCCCUCUUACUGCUUUCAGAUGAGACAGCAGACCCACUGGCAGAGAAGGCCCACGUAGCUGCUUUAUGAAUGUUUAUGAACUGCUUAUGAACUGCUUAUGAAGGCCUUAUUUCUGUUUCCAUCCCUCUUUGUAGCUGCGUAGUGGGGAGACAGCAGACAAGCUGAGGAGGAGGCUAAACUGCUUUAUGAAUGUUUAUUAACUUCUAUGAACAUGUUAUGUCUGUUUCUUUCCCCCUCUCUAGCUUCGUUCUGAGGAGACAGCAGAUCUCCUGGCUGAGAAAGCCCAGAUAGCUGAGGAGGAAGCUAAGCUACUGUCCCAGAAGGCUAGCGAGGCCGAGGCCGAAAUGCAGCGUAUCAAGGUGACAGCCAUCCGCUCAGAGGAGGAGAGGAGAAUGAUGGAGCAGAAGAUGCUGGAGGCGGAGAUGAUGGCCCUCAAGAUGGCUGAUGAGUCAGAGAGGAGGUGAGUUGAAUGAAUGGUCCCGUGUGGCUCAGUUGGUAGAGAAUGGCGCUUGCAAUUCCAGAGUUGUGGGUUUGAUUCCCACGGGGGACCAGUAUGAAAAAUAUGAAAAUGUAUGCACUCACUACCCUGGAUAAGAGCGUCUGCUAAAUGACAAAAAUUUAAAAUUAAAAAAAUGUUGCAAAAACUUAUUUUAUUUGGGUGAAAAAUAGCACAACAAGAUGUGCAUUGGAUGUAG